CAAAUAAGGGUCAGGGCUUACCAUACUAUAACAGAGAGAGAAGGAGACGCCGAGAGAGAGAGAGGGAAGGAGACGCUGAGACAGGGAGAAGGAGACGCUGAGAGAGAGGGAACGAGACGCUGAGAGAGGGAGAAGGAGACGUCGGGUUAGAGCAGGAAUAUCUUCUUCAAUGGAGCACGGAUCCCUCACAGAUCUACGAUCGUCAACAUUUUCUUUAACUGAUGAGGAUCACACCCUUGCUAACUCUGUUAGAUUUACCUUGAAUCAGGAUCCAAGGGUCGAAUUUUGUGGGUACAGCAUCCCUCAUCCAUCAGAUAGCCGGGUUAACAUUCGAGUCCAGACUACUGGUGAUCCAGCGAAGGAUGUAUUCAAGGAUGCACUCCAGGACUUGAUGUUGAUGUGCCAGCAUGUGAGGAGCACCUUUGACAAGGCAGUUGUUGAUUUCAGAGUGAGCGAACCUGUUAAGGAAAUGAACAUCGACCCCUAAAAAGAAAAUGCAGGUGCUGCUAUAUAAUAGGUAUAAGAUUUUUUUUUUUUUUUGACACAUGAAUGAUUGGGGUUAUAGGUUUUUGAAGAUAGCCUGUCCCACUUCCACCCUGUCAUCUGAUCACAACAAUAGCUUACCGGAUCCAUAUUUUAUCCGAUUGCAGUAUAUUUUAUUUGUGAUGACAGUAGCAACGGUACCAGCAUCUUUUUUAGUCCAUUCAGCUUAGUGUUGAACCUUGCUAUCCAUAUGCUUUCUAUC